AUGAACAAGUUGGUGUUUGGUUUAUUGCGUGCUCUUCCUCUUAGGCGAAACCCACCGGGCGUUCAAGCAUUUCAUGCUUUGGGAACAAGGCAUAACUACAAAAGCGACCUCGCUUUGGAAUCAAUCUAUCCCAGUAGCAAUCUACGAUUGUACACACCUACAACCCCAACAGCAAAAGCAGAUGGUACAUUCAAUGGAUACAUUCCUCUGGAAAAGGUCAAUAUUACGUACAGCCGAAGCAGUGGUCCGGGAGGCCAAAACGUAAAUACAGUGAGCACCAAAGUUGAUUUGCGUUUUCAUUUAGAAACGGCUACAUGGCUCGCAGAAAAUACUCGAAUUCGAUUAGCCCAACUGCAAAAAGGACGGAUAACAAAAGAUGGAUAUCUUGUUAUUAAAAGCGAACUGACUCGCUCUCAACAAAUGAACACGGCCGAUGCGCUAGAGAAGCUUCGUACCUUCAUACGGCAAGCAGAACAACCAAUGUCGCAGGAACCUUCUGCCGAAACCGUGGAAAGACUCCGACGUCGACAUGAAAAAGCGGCUCGUGAACGAUUGGCCAUUAAAAGGAUGCGUUCCGAAACAAAAGCUCAGCGACAGUCACCUUUGUAAACCUUUAGGGAUAUAGUAAAACA